AAACGAUCAAAAUCUUUUACGAAAAAACAGACAACAUUAGAGUUUGACUUUACCCCCAGACGGUUUGGAAAACAUUCCCCACCCGAGAGUGGAAUUUGAUAUCCAUGAAUUUACUCUUUCCCCAACAAAAUCAACAUUGCCGUCAAGGCUACGGGAAGAGUUCCGAGUGUUCAAACAUGGGCAACACAGGAAAGUGAUUCAUCUAUGAUGAUGGUUCUCCACAAUGGAUACGCCUGUGUGACCGUUGGGGAGCUGGUGAGCUGAAUUUUCUGUUAGGUGAUACCAAACACCCCUGGAGGAGUAGGCUCGUGUGGAAUCAUUAAGUGCCGACGACUGCCGUCAUAAUAAAAAAAUGGCAGGGACAGUGUUGAUUGAGACCUUCAUGAAUGCAUCAACAGAGUCGCCGGGACCGAUCUACGCUCACUGGUACCCGGAGGUAGCUCGGAUUGUACUGGUAACCACAUCAUUCCUGACGAUCGUUGCCAAUCUUCUGGUCUUGAUAGUGUUCCAGUACAUGAAAGCCUUGGAGAAUAUGACCGGUGUUUUUGUCAAGUCGCUAGCCGUGGCCGAUCUGGGAGUUGGGGUUUGCGUCUUUGCUGCCGUCCAGUCUCAAUGGGCUGAGAAAUGGCCGCACGGUACCGGUAUGUGGUCCUGCAAACUCAUGGGUUACAUCAUGGCCAUGAUGGUCGGUGGAUCCAUCCUCAGCUUAACCUGUGUCAGCAUCGACCGUUACAUCGCUGUUAUCAAACCUCUCAAGUAUCGUUCCAUUGUGACCAAGCGUCGCGCUCGCGUCUACGCCGUUGUAGUCUGGGUCUUCGUAGCGCUUAUCUUCCUCCCGUCAAUGUUCGGCUGGGGUGGUUACGUCUUUGAGGAGUACUCUGACGACUGCAAGAAGCACUUCAAUCAGAGUCUGUCUAUGUCCUUCUACAUCAUCUGCAUUCUCAUCGUGCCGGCUAUCCUCAUCUCCAUCUACUGUUACUUUCACAUCUUGAGGGCGUGUCUGGCCCAGACGCGACAGAUGGAAAGACUGGAGACGCUCUUCCACGACGGAGAGUCACAGCAAGACGCCACAAGUCGAAUCUAUGAGAAGAUGCUAGCCAAGAUAUUCCUCAUCGUCAUCGGUGCGUUCUAUCUCUCGUGGAUUCCUUUUGUCAUCAAGAAGAUCAUAGAGCUAGCCAUCGAUGUAUCGAUUCACCCUGCCGUCAGUUUCUUCACCGCUUGGCUUGGGUUCUUGAACAGCUUCUUGAACUGCAUCAUCUACAUCAUCUGCCAUCGGUCCUUCCGAGAGGGACUUCACUUGCUCCUGAAGGCCAUGUGGCAAGGCAUCACCUCCGUUUGUAAAAUAUCCAAGGAUCGGUGUUUCUCGCAACGGCGGGAACGCUCGCAGAGCCAAGUGAUGCAGCUACGUGAAUUCUCAACCACAGAAUGUUAACCUGACCUCGUAGUAAAUCUGGACUAUCAGAGGAUAACGCACUCUGUGACAAUUAUUUCAGUAUUAAAGCCACUUC